AUGCAAACAAUCGAAGAGGCGGCAGCAGAAAUGCAACACCAUGGUGGUGCUGUUAACGUAGCUCCCGUAUCAUGUAGCGGUCCGACUGCAACUACAGCUACACCUAUGCCCGCUUUAACUUCUGCAGCUGAAAGAGAGCAAAGUGACAUCGAAAAGGCUAUAGCUGAAUCGUUAAUCUCGCAAGGUCCUCCGGGAAAUCGUUCUUACGUGUCAUCAUUACCUGCAAACCCUGAAGAGAUGUUGAGGAAAGAGGGUGUUUCGGUUGGGCUACACAAUACGGGUAACACCUGCUGGUUUAACGUGGUAGCUCAACUGCUAUUCCACCUACCUCGUUUUCGUCGAAUUGUUUACGAAUACGCUCCGAAGGAACCAGAUUCAAAAUCUGAAGAUCCUGUGCAGAAAGCGGACAUAACGGAAGCCGAUCUCGUGGAAAAAAUGAGGUAUUUGUUCGCAAGUAUGGAUCUUGGAAAUAGACGGUAUAUCGACCCGAGUGAAGCGCUCAACGUCGUCAGUGCCUUAGCAGCUCGCAGUAAAAGUGACGUGAUUCUUGGCCGGCAACAGGAUGCAUCAGAGAUGAUGUCGAACUUGAUGGAAUGGAUGGAGAAGGGAUUGGCAUUGCAAGAAACUGGUCAGGAAUCGGAACAAAACGCUGAAGUGAUUGAGCAAUCAUCACCACUUGUGAGCAGUCGCAGUUUGGAGGCAAUGGAGAUUUCUCCGGUGGCUUCGGUCGAUGCGGCGGGCUCUGCAUUUAUGGAUUCGGCAGUGUCAGACCAAAAAGAAGGAGAUGUCGCCAAAACUGAGGAUAUGAACGUAGACACGCAGCAACCCGAUGCCAAAUCGCCCUCACGUCAAUCAAAUUUGGACUGUAUUCAAGCUCUUUUUCACGGUUGUCAAGCAGAGCGUGGCAGUAACGAUAUUACAAACUCAUGGCAUAAACUGGAAUACACCUCGUUAUUUCCUGUUCAUGUCUCGCACGGUAACUUGCACGAUGCUCUUGAAGCUCAUCAAUUCCUGAAUGAUUCCGGAAAAGAGCCAUGGUUUGAGACCUUACCCGCCGUCCUUAUUUUUUCUUUGGGUCGCUACUUUUUCAAUGGUACAAAAGGAGAAACGGAAAAACUGAACAUGCGAUUCCACUUUCCUCGUACAAUCUACAUGGAUCGAUACAUGGCGAGCAACUAUGACUAUGUCAGCAGUAUACGAGAAACACGAAACCACCUACGAAGCGAGCUGUCUAAUGUUCGUGCUGAACUGAAAGGUUUGAAUGAAUUCCCAAUCGGAGACCGUACUGAAAAGCUUGUGAAUAUCCUUAGUGCAGCGCUUUUGUUUGCUAGAGGAAGCAGCACCAAAACUGAGAAGAUGGAUGAAGGUACUGCCGCUGACCCGUUACCAGGUCCGGUAUGUGCAAACAAGAUGCAGUCAUUCAUUGAGGAAAAACUUGCAGUGACUCCCGUUGCGGCAAAUUCGGAACAGCUUGCUGCGUUUGCACCAGAGUUGGAGAAUACAAUAAGAGAUCUGAAAGAAAAGCAUAAACAGCUAUGCGAUCGUGAAACAGAGUUGAUAAAAUCAAUCGAUAAUAUCUAUGAAAAGGACGAUCUAAAGAAGCAUGGAUAUCGGCUCCACGCUGUAGCCAUACAUCAAGGUCAAGCGAGCGCAGGCCAUUACUGGGCAUACGUGAGGAAAGGAAACGACGACUCUCAAUGGGAGAAGUUUAAUGACCAAAGAGUUGAAAGUGCAGCGUGGGGCGAUAUAGAGGCGGAAGCAGUCGGAGGUAUUCGAACUACAUCGGCGUACUUCCUACUAUAUGUCAGUUCCUCUGCAGAGCCAUGGCUCUUUUCAGGUGGGUGUGCAUCCGAAAACAUGUUUUCUGAAGUUGUUCUUGCUUCUCCUGUUCUAGCUCACACUAAUUUAGAUGACUGCCCCACCUCCUCAUUCCUCACGAAUGAUAUUCGAGAACAGGUGGAAAAUGAAAACGCAGCGUUGGAAUCGGAAAUUGAGCGUUACCGCUGUACGCAGAAUGAAGACGCGAAAGGAAAUACCGAGUUUGAGGAUACACGUGAUGCUAUCGAGAAAGAAUUCGCUGCGCUCCCUCCCCCAAUUGGUAAUGAGGGUGAAUUGCUCGGUGGAACUCCUUUGGAAAGGGCGCUAGCAGAUCCUGAAAAUCUAGCUUUGCCUUUGUCACAUUGCUGCGAUCCAUUGUUUUCGGAAUCACUUUUCGAACAAGAAAAGCGGAAGUUGUUUUCGCUUCUGGAAUUCAAUUCUACGACUUACCCGUCCACGGUUAGUCACGAAAGUAUUAUUGAUACCCAGUCUAAACUAAUGUAUCGAAACGUCCUUAAACCAAUGUUCAUAGCGUUCGUGCGGAGGGCAGAAGCAAGCGGAGCAGUAGACGCUAGAGAAGUGUAUAACAGGGUGAUAAGUAGUUUUUAUGACGAAACUGACAACGUUGUAUGCUCUGAACGAUGUAAGGCAUUACGUUGUCUGCCUGACUUUUGGUACACAAUGGGGUACCGAGCCCCUGCAAAGGUAAUGCGGUUUGCCAUCGUGCGCGCUCUCGUCAAUGCGGAAUCCGAAGGAAUAGCGAGGUUUGCACGCGAAGAGAUCGACGAAUUCACCACUGUACCGCAUGCCGAGCAUUACCUCGUCGUCUUUCGGCACGCUUCUCAUUUGUAUGACUUGAUAAAGACUUUAUGGAGUGUUGUUCGUCAAGUAGCCACCGACAUGAAUCACAACAAUGCUGCGAAUUUGCCGCGACUCUCACUCAAAGCCGUUGAAAUGAACAUAAGAAUGCUGAAAAUGGUGAGGGCUGUGACACAUUUAUAUGCACGACUUUACGCAGAAAUUGGAAAUGUUCAGGGAUCUGUCUUCCUGGAACAUGCCGAUUAUAUUAUACCAAGUUACAUCAUACGAGGAAUCAACAUCAUCCCGGUCUUGUGGAUUUUUGCAACGCUGAUUCAAUUCCUUGUCGAUCGUGUCCCACCACGUGAUGAAAUCGCUCGAUUGCUAGCAGAAUCGAUGAGCACUGUUGAACUUCCAAUACAUCAACUUUCCAUUUGGGCACAAAGCGGAUGUAGAGAUGCCGAAAAGAGAAUUCAUGGGGCUACGCAAGCCGACCGGCAUUUCGAAACGCCACUGCAGAGCAUAAUAUCACCGGCGACAGACAUUUGUCAUGAAGUGGAACAGGCAGCCUGUCAAUUAUCACUUUUGGGAUUGGCAGAUCCCACGGAAGCGGACAGUGUGUACACAAGAUUGAUGGCAGUUGUUAGUGACAUCAUCAACAAUGCAAUGCAGAUGGAUGAUAAAGCUGGCACUGUUAUUCCGACCGCUUUUUAG